CAUUGUUAUUAUUAAAGCGUUUGGGAAAAGGCCGGUCCUCGUUAUAUUCUUACUUCUGUCGCUGUCCUGCCUGCUUCGAUUUAAAGACCCUUUACCUUAAAAUUAUUGAAACCGAAAAGGAGUGAAGAUUGAAGAAAGCAUGAAUAAAGAAUAUCACCGUCAUCAUCACUGCCAUGUAAAGCGGGAGAAAAAAUGGGCCGUCGAAUGUACAUUAUGUUUGAAGUUAACUUUCUAAGGUAAGUAUUAUGAUACACUACUCGUUCGAUAAGUGUCCUCAGAGAAGAUGCACUUCUUAUUGAAACCAAAUUGGCGGUGCAUUUUGCUGCAAAUUGGGAAUACCGAGAAAUCCAACCAUAUGUUACGCUCUCUCUGCUCGACAAAACCUGUUAAUGAAGCACCAGACGAGCUGAAACAGCUGUGUGAAGUUGUUUCAAGCUCAGUAGGCGGUUUAGAUGAUCUAGAAUCAAGUUUAAAUCGGUUUAAAGUUUCUUUAACUUCAUCCCUCGUUACCCGAGUUAUAGAUUGUUGCAAUCGUGAAGCACCCACUAGAAGAUUAUUACGUUUUUUCUUGUGGGCAAGACAGAAAUUGAAUGCGAAUUUGGAAGAUGAGGAUUAUAAUCACGCAAUUCGGGUUUUCGCUGUAAAGAAGGAUCAUACAGCUAUGAAUAUAUUGAUUUCAGAUCUUCGGAAAGAGGGUCGGGUAAUGGAGACUCAGAGUUUUAGUGUUGUAGCUGAGACGUUGGUUAAAUUAGGGAGAGAAGAUGAGGCAUUGGGCAUUUUCAAGAACCUGGACAAGUUCAAAUGUGCACAAGAUAGUGUUACAGUGAGUGCCAUUGUUAGUGCCUUUUGUGCCAAGGGGCAUGCAAGAAGAGCAGAAGGGGUUGUUUAUCACCAUAAGGAGAAGAUAUCUGGCGUGGAGCGUUGUAUUUAUAGGAGUCUUAUUUACGCAUGGUCUAUGCAAGAGAAUGUGAAGGAAGCGCGAAAAAUUAUUAAGGAGAUGAAAUCAGCAGGGUUUAUACCGGACUUGUUUUGCUAUAACACAUUCCUUAGAGGCUUGUGUGAGAGAAACCUCAAACGAAACCCUUCUGGUCUUGUUCCUGAAGCUUUGAAUGUUAUGAUGGAAAUGAGGUCUCAUAAAAUUGCUCCUACCUCGAUUAGUUAUAAUGUAUUGCUUUCCUGUUUAGGGAGGACACGAAGAGUGAAGGAAUGUUGUCAAGUGCUUGAAUUGAUGAAAAAGUCGGGUUGUGCUCCGGAUUGGGUUAGUUAUUAUCUUGUUGCAAGGGUAUUGUAUUUGAGCGGGAGGUUUGGAAAAGGUAAUAAGAUAGUGGAUGAGAUGAUUGAACAAGGAUUGAUACCUGAUCGCAAGUUUUAUUAUGAUUUGAUUGGUGUUCUUUGUGGGGUUGAGAGGGUGAACUUUGCUCUUGAGCUUUUUGAACGAAUGAAGGAAAGCUCAUUAGGAGGUUAUGGUCCCGUUUAUGAUGUGCUCAUACCAAAGCUCUGUAGAGGGGGAAACUUUGAAAAGGGUAAAGAGCUGUGGGAUGAGGCCUUGGCUACGGGUGCCACGCUAUGUUGCUCAAGUGAUGUACUUGAUCCCACUAUUACUGAGGUGUUUAAACCAACAAGGAAGGUGGCUGAAGUCAACCUUGAUCACAGAGCGCUAAAGCCAUAAGCACAAGUUAAGAAGAUUAAUAAAGAAGUUAAUAAGAAAAAGAUAAGAAAGAAGAGAAAGCAAAAUUGAAGUAAACCAGCUUCAAUAGAGAUGGUAACUUGUAUUUUCCUCAGUUAAAGCAUAGUCACAUUACUUCCGAUUGGGUAGCUUAUCUUGUUAUUAUGUAGGUAAACCGUUAGCUAAUGUAAAGCAUUUGCUGAACUAUACACCAGGGACUAUUGUUCCUCAUCAAUUUACAAACAUCUUAAAAUUCAUUUUAUUAUAAAAUUUCAGCAUUUGCAGUG